AUGCCGUCUGCAACAACUCAGGCCAAGUCGACGGUCGAGAUCGCCAACGCCGGCUUCUCGCAUAUCCAAUCAAGCAAAAGCACGGCUGUCCGCACCUCGCCCGACUUUCUCGUCCUCGUCCUCGACAUCAAUCCGCUCGCAUGGACGCGGCGUUCCGAGGCGCUGAAAAAGGGCAAGGGAAAGCAGGUCACAGCUGAUGUUGCUCUGGAAGAUGCGCUCUCUGCGAUCAUGAUUCUGCUCAACGCGCACAUGGCCAUGCAGCACGAGAAUGGGCUUGCGAUCUACGCUGCUGCCGGCACGGGCAUCGCACAGCUCCUUUAUUCGACUGCCACCUUCUCCGCAAAGGCGACAGAAGCUGGCUCUGAAAGCAGUGCAGCUGCCUCAUCCAGCACGCACAAGCCCGAUGCCAACACGUACCAGCAUUUCAAGCUCGUAGAUGACCAUCUGGAGCAGGGCGUGCGCGACACAUGCAAGGCCAUGUUCGAGCGCGCGAAGCAGACGCAAGAAUUCGCAGAGGCAAGUGCGGACAACGAUACAGCCAAGCUUGGGGCGUUGGCUCGCUCCGUCAACGUGGGUAUCGUGUCGGCGCUGUCGCAGGCACUCUGCCACCUCAACCGCUUGGGGCUAAGCGACGCUUCGGACGCGGCCAACGUCACCGGUGGCAUCGCUGCGACGGCACAGACGAGAGCGGGGGGAGGUAGCAGUGCCUCGGGUGGAGCAAAUGGGGGUGGCGGCUCGGGAGGCUUCGGCAGCUUCAAGUCGCGCAUCCUCAUCCUCAGCGUCACACAAGAUGCGUCGACUCAGUACAUCCCCAUGAUGAACUGCAUCUUUGCCGCGCAGAAGAAGGGCAUCACGAUCGAUGUCUGCAAGCUACUCGGGAACGAUACGGUGUUCCUUCAGCAGGCAUCCUACCUCACGUCGGGGACGUACUUCCGCCUCAGCGACGAGCAGGCGGGCGCAGGCGGCCAGGAGGAAAGUGCGAUCGAUCUGCGUUCUGCGCUGGUGCAGACGCUCUUGACGACGUACCUGCCUUCGAGAUCCAUGCGUUCCUCCAUGAAUCUGCCGACACUCGAAGAGAUCGACUUCCGAGCCGCUUGCUUCUGCCACCGCAAGAUCGUCGAUGUCGGAUACAUCUGCAGCGUCUGCCUCAGUCUGUUCUGCCAACCGCGACCCUUUUGCCUCACGUGCCGAUCCAAAUUCCCCACGGACACGUUGGCCAGAUACCAGCGCGAGCUCGAGCUCACCUCCAACGUAGAAGACGCCACGACAUCAGCCUAA